AUGGCUUCUAGUAGCAGAAACGAUGGGGAUUUAUCUAAGAAAUGGGCUGAUAUGUGUCUGGACGAAGAAGAAGAUACAGAGGCAAUUUUCGAUGAAAAAGACGGUGAUGAAACAGAACCCGAUUUGGACGACCGCUGGUGUUUGAUAGGAAGGCUAUUGACAGGCAAAGUUUCGGACUUCCUCGUCUUGCAAAACAUAAUGGCAGAUCUUUGGAAACCCAGAAAAGGCAUGUAUGUGAAGAUACUAGAGCAGAACCGAUUCCUUUUCCAAUUUUACCACGAAAUUGAUAUUAGAAGAGUGAUCAAUGGCAGUCCAUGGACUUAUGACAGGAAACAACUAAUAAUCGAACGCCUGAAACCAGGUGGUAAUCCAAAGAAUGUAAUGCUGAAUACACUAGAUAUGUGGGUGCAAAUCCAUGAUUUGCAAUCUGGAUUUCGAACGGAGAAAGCUAUCCUCGAGGCAGGGCGAUUCAUUGGCGAGUAUUUAGAGGCUGAUCCGAACAACUUCACUGGCGUCUGGAGAGAAUACUUUAGAGUUCGAGUGCGGAUCAACAUUACCAUUCCGUUGAAACGGAGGAUGAAAUUUAGACGCAGGGGGAAUGAUUCGUUCUUUUAUGCCAAUUUUAAAUACGAGAAGGUUCCCACAUUUUGCUUUAUUUGUGGAUUGCUUGGACACUCCGAAAAUUUCUGCUCUAAGCUCUACGAUACACCUGCGGAUGAGAUAGUGAAGCCGUAUGGGUUGUGGAUGAAGGCUCCUAAUCGACGGCAAAAUUUUUUGACAGCCUCACCGUGGCUGCGAUCGGGGAAGACAGCUACUCAGGCCAGCAAUGAGGUGCCCACUGAUGAAGCAAUCAACAUUAACUCUCCUUCCCAAUUUGCGCCUGAACCAAAGAAUAAAUCGCAUCUUAUGGAAUCGGAUCGUGAUAUAUCCGUGAAUGAAGGUACAGUGGUUAUUUUAAAGGAAAGUGGUAUUAAAUUCUCUUCUGACUUGGAAUUUGAAAUAUCAGAAGGGAAAAGGAAAAGAAUGGACUCUCUCUUUAAUGGGUCUAUUAAUAAUAAUAGUGGGCCGGUGGAAUCAAGUAUUACUCUUGCUACUUUGAAAAAUACCACAAAUACUGAGGGCAGCUCAAAAAACGUUUCAAUGGUGGAAAAACGAGGAGGCCGUGCUUAUCCUUCUGCGUUAAUCACUGGUUUCCAAUCUGUUCUCCACGACUGUUCCCUUCAUGACCUGGAGCUUCGUGGAUAUCCCUUCACAUGGGAACGAGGCCGUGAGUCUGGCAACCUGGUAGAGAUAAGGCUUGACAAAGCCUUAGUUUCUCAACGAUGGCUCGAACUUUUCCAUCAGGUAACCUUGUCCAAUCUCUCUGUUUCAUAUUCGGAUCACACUCCUAUUUUUUUGGAAUUUCAUGACAGCCCCCACCGUGAUAAUGUUUUCCAUUUUCGGUUUGAAAAUUCCUGGUGUCGUGAACCCAUGUGUGCUCAGAUUGUGAAAUCCUGUUGGGAAAAUAAUAGUCAUCUUACUCUGCUUGAAAAGAUUGAUCUGUGUAGUUCUCAAUUGGAAAAGUGGGGGAAAACUCUUACUGGUAAUUUUAAAAGUCGCUUAGUCAAAAGCAAGAAAAAGAUGGCUGCUUUGAAACAUUCGGGCUUUGAUAAUUGUGAUCAGGAUUAUGCAACUGAGAAAAAUAAUUACUUUGAGAUUCUUGCUCAGCAGGAAAUUUACUGGAAGCAGAGAUCCAAGCAAUUUUGGUUAAAUGCGGGAGACAAGAACAGCAAGUACUUUCAUGCCACUGCAAGCUCUCGUAAAAGGAACAACCAGAUUUACCAGCUGCAAAAACUGAAUGGAGAGUGGUCAGGUUGGGACAAUGGUCUGAAUGAGGUGAUAUCUGACUAUUUUAUUAAUCUGUUCACAUCCAAUGGCACUUUUCAAAAUACUGUUGCCAAUGAUAUUCGGUGUAGCAUUGAUGAAGCUCAAAAUAAUAUCUUAUUACAACCUGUUACUCCUGAUGAAGUGCGACAUGCCCUCUUUCAAAUGCAUCCUGAUAAGGCUCCUGGACCCGAUGGCAUGGGGCCAGGCUUUUAUCAAAAACAUUGGGAUGUGGUUGGUCCGGAUAUAGUACAUAUGGUCACUGAUUUUUUUGCUUCUGGUGUCAUUCCUACUGAUCUGAAUAUCACAAAUCUUGUACUGAUCCCCAAGAAGAAAAACUUUGUCUCCAUGAGUGAUAUGAGACCGAUAGCCCUUUGUAAUGUGUUAUAUAAAGUGCUCUCUAAGGUCAUUGCCAACCGUAUGAGAGGUAUCAUCGAUCAGAUUAUCUCUGUGAAUCAGAGUGCUUUUAUCCCUGGUAGACUUAUCUCUGAUAAUGUGAUGAUUGCUUUUGAGGUGAUGCACUAUUUGAAGCGAAAAACAAAAGGCAAGAAGGGGUUUAUGGCGCUUAAACUUGAUAUGAGCAAAGCAUAUGAUCGUGUUGAGUGGAACUAUCUUCAUACAGUUAUGUCUCAUAUGGGAUUUCAUUCGAAGUGGAUAGAGCUUGUUAUGUCUUGUAUUACCUCGGUCAGCUAUAAGGUAAUCCAUGGUGGUCAUGUUGUUGGCCCUAUUACUCCAUCUCGCGGUAUUCGGCAAGGUGACCCCCUUUCCACUUAUCUAUUCAUCAUGUGUGCUGAAGGACUUACAGCGCUUAUUAAUAAAUUUGAGGCAAGACGGGCUAUUCAAGGUUGCAAGGUGGCUCGCGGUGCCCCAUCUAUCACUCAUAUGCUUUUUGCCGAUGAUAGUUAUCUCUUUUUCCAGGCCACUACAGAAGCUGCUACGAGUGUAAACACCCUCCUUCAUACGUUCCAAAUGGCUUCUGGGCAGCAAGUAAAUUUCUCUAAGUCAUCGAUCUUCUUUAGCCCUAACACCACUGCGCAACAUCGUUCUAGUAUUUGUUCUGUGCUUGGGAUGGUUGAAGCGUCAGAGGGCAGUCUGUACCUUGGCUUACCUAAUAUUAUUGGUCGAAACAAGAACUCUAUUCUCGGCUUCUUAAAGAAUAAGGUCAUGUCUCGUAUCAAUAGUUGGGAUGGUAAAUUUUUAUCUCGAGCUGGCAAGGAAAUUCUUCUCAAGACUGUGAUCCAAUCUUUGCCAACAUAUGCUAUGAGUGUCUUUCUAAUUCCUCUUGGCAUUUGUGAGGAUAUUGAGAAACUUAUGGCUAGCUUCUGGUGGAAGACUAGUUCAAGCAAGGGUCGUGGUAUCAUUUGGAUGUCCUGGGAAAGAAUGGCGACUCCAAAACUAGAAGGCGGUAUGGGAUUCCGACAUCUUCAUGAUUUCAAUAUUGCUAUGCUUGCUAAGCAAGGUUGGAGACUCUUGUGCCAACCUGACUCUUUGGUGGGGAAAAUUUUCAGAGCCAAAUAUUUUCCUACCACUGAUUAUCUCUCAGCUGAAUUGGGAAAUAAUCCCAGUUUUGUCUGGCGUAGUAUCUGGGCCGCUCAAAAGGUGGUCCGUCAAGGGGCUAUUCGUAUCAUUGGAGAUGGAGAAACUACCAGAAUUCUUUCAAAUCCAUGGCUUCCUGAUCCUGACAAUAGACUUGUUACUUCAACUCAUCCAGCUCUCUUGAAUAAUAAUGUGAGUUCUCUCUUUUCUGUGGGUACUCGUAGCUGGGAUUCAGAUGUCAUCGAUGAUUUAUUCAAUAAUCGGGAUGCUAGCUUGAUACUUGGUCUUCCUUUGUCUCCUAAUGUCGACUCUGAUUUCUGGUCAUGGUCAGGAGACCAUACUGGGCUUUUCUCUGUCAAAACUGCCUAUCUCCUGCUGCAGAAAAAUAAACCUCGGCAUCCAAGACCUGAUAAUUCUGGAUUCUGGCGUAAACUGUGGCAAUUGAAGAUCCCGCCUAAAGUUAAGAAUCUGUUAUGGCGUGCUGUUACUGGUUGUCUUCCCACUUGUCUUCAAUUGGUGACAAAACAUGUAAGUAUCUCUGCAAUCUGCCCUGUUUGUACUGAUCAAGCUGAGUCUAUUGUCCAUGCUCUUCUCACUUGCCCCUUUGCUAUGUCAUGUUGGCGUACCCUUGGUAUCACUUAUGACCUGGUACAUCCAUUAUCUUUUGGUGGCUGGUUUGAGAAAGCUCUUAUGAACCUUGAUGAGGAGAUUGCUUCACGAGCUGCUAUGUUGUGUUGGGCAAUUUGGAAGGCCCAAAAUCUUGUUGUAUGGAAAAAUAAAGUAUCCUCAAGAACCAAAGUGAUUGCAUCAGCUCGAAUAACUCUUGAUCAUUGGCGUAACGCUCAAGAUAACACUUCCCUAUCUUCUCUAUUUUUGGAUAAUAGAGGAGAUGGAGCUGAGCGCUGGACUACACCUGAAGCAAAUAAAAUCAAGAUAAAUGUUGAUGCUGCACUCUUUCCACGGGAUAACUCUUAUGGUUUUGGGAUAGUUGCUCGAGAUAGCCUCGGUAAGCUUGUUGAGGCCAAAUCAUGUUAUUUCAGAGGUACAUAUGAUGCGGAAGUUGUUGAAGCAAUGGGAGUCAAAGAAGCUCUCAGCUGGAUUAAAAGUAAGAAUUGGUUUGAUGUUGAGAUUGAGACUGAUAGUAUGCUCACUGUGCAAGGCAUUCGUAGUAACCAAUCCUUAAAUUCUAUUUUUGGCUUGAUUAUUCAUGACUGUCAAGUUUUAUUUUCUUCUCUAAAUAAUGUUAAGCUUUGCUUUAUUAGACGAUCAGCAAACCGAGUUGUCCAUGUUGUGGCUAGGCACUCUUGUUUUCUCUCUGGUCGUAGCAUUUUUGAGUAUAAUGCUUGGGAUGAGUUAAUCUCCCUUUUGUAUUCUGAAUGCUAA